AUGCCUGUUAAAUCGGAGCGCACGAUGAGUCUAAUCGAUUAUUUGAAUAACGAGGUGCUUAACUGGUCGGGAAAUAAUAUUCUACUCCCAGAUGAUAUAUGGCAAAAAUUCGAAUUAGAUUUCCCGGAAUUGGUUGGUAUCAGCGAUAUAUUUACUGAAGCUGUGUUGGCGGCAGACAAGUUAGACAAGUUGUUGAAAGCAGGCAGCGAAAUCCGCAAUCAUGACUGCAUGUGGGCUGGGCAUUGCGCCAGCAAAGAACAUCCUACAGAUGAACCCAGAUCCCAAACGAGUUGUAUGGGGCCUAGACCACCCGACCUCAUCUCUAGACAUAUAUCUCUGACGGAAAUGAAACAAGAAAUCAUGGGAUAUUCAACAGGUCAGCAGAGCCUUCUUAAACCGGCGGUUAGGGCUGCCGCUAUGCCACAAACGCCGCCGAUGUCUGAUGAUGAAGAAUCCAGGACGAAAACCAUCAGCGUGCUUAAAUUAUUUCACGAGGCUGAGACUAUUGAAGAAUGCGAUAUAGACGACGACAGCGAUUUGUGCGAGUACUUCGAAGAGAACGAAAUUAAACAAGAAAUUAUCGAACCGGUGAUUGAAGUUGUCAAACCCAAUAUCAACUCUUAUCAAUUCGCUGCGGAAAGUGACCACAGCUACCACAAGGGCAAGAGCUGUGCAAUGCAGAUAGCCAAUUUUGGAAUUGAUACGCCUUCUGAUUCCGAAGAAGAAAUAGAUGUCGUCAAUGUCAUCGAUAAGAAUCAAUUCGCAAACAGGAGCGUAUUCUCUUUCCCCAACAACCCCUCCAACAGAGAUCGCCACCAAAUCCAAAGGCGGAUGGCCACCGCCAUCUCGAAGAAGAAAGUGCCGGCUGGCGUGAAAACCAUGAUGCCCGUCAGAAAAAUCGCGACCCCAGAAGCCUCCCCCAUGAAGAAACCCGCAGACACCAGGGGAAUAAAGAGGAAACAGUACAGGACACCAGUCAACACCCCCUACAAGCGCCGGAAUUACGGCAACAGCAGUGAUAGCGAAGCCGAACCUUCCGAAAAGCGAAGCCUCCACAACAACAUGGAGAGACAGAGGAGAAUUGAUUUACGUAACGCUUUCGAAGACUUGAGAGUGCUCGUACCAGAAGUCAGCAAAAAAGAACGGGCCGCUAAAGUGGUCAUACUUAGAGAAGCUGCACAAUACUGCGAUCAACUUACCACUCACUCCAAUAACUGCAGCAAACACUUAGAGGACCUGAAGAAACAACAAGAAUUUUUAAGGCGGAGAGUGUCGCUGUUAAGAAAAAAUUUAGCAGCCAAACGUUAA